GGUAAUGUAUGAGGGGACUACCUCCUGGGUGUGAGUCAAUGAGAGCUGCACACCUGUUUCCAGGGAUGAUAGUCCUUCACCUGAUGGCCAUAAUACAGAGGGGAUUUGGAGCAGAGGCACAAGACAUGCAGCACCCACAGAGUGGCACCAGUGUUUCCUCUGGCACUAGUGCUGUGAUGCAACUCGGAUAAGCUGCAUGAGCAGACUCAAGUGAGGGCAGACGGAGAGCACCAACACUGGAGUGGAGAGGGAAGGAGGGAGUAGAAGGAGGAUACACAUGGACCACAAACUUCUACAUGCCACAACACACUACAUGUGUUUUACCCACUUCUCACCCAGGAUGGGACAUGCCUAUCUGUGUAGUGGGACCGCUGUCUGACCUGUGUGGGACCUGCGUGGACCUGGAGUGGAGGGUGCGAGGCAGGACUCAGUGGUGUUAGUGCUGGCUGGGCUGAGCUGCUUAGUGUGUGCCGAGCGUCAGGUCACCAUGUGAGAUAGCGGAGGGUGAGCUAGACAGUUGGUGUAACGCUUCAAUAGCCACUGGGCCCUUUAAAUGUCGGCUAUAAAUUGACUGUGAUUGGCCGAAGCCGCAAUCAUUCAUGGGCCAGGCACAAUGUGCACAGUAAUCUCUCUGGACUCCUGUGCAGACUAGUGACUAGGAAACAGUGUUGAGUGUAGACUGUCAAAACCAAAACUAGUUACAGGAGUUUUUUCUCAUUAACACCUGUAUAUUCCCCCAUAUACCUGUGUGGGCAAUCAUUGCAAUUAGCCCCAAUUUUGCCCCUAAUGCUCUCCCAGUGGCCUAUGACGGACCUACUGUCAUACCUUGAUUUUUACCUGUGAUUUUACCUGAUAUUGGCACUGGAUAUCUCACCUUUAACGAUGUGUUACCUGGACGUGAUACAACCCGGGGGCAGCCUCCUCAUCCUUACAGUGAUGAUAGCCCUCAUGCCUAUAGUGGAUGGAGAGGAUGGGACCAGGUCGACAAGGCAGCUGCACAAGUUUGGAAGUGAAGAAUAUGAGGUGGUUUUUCCCUACGUGUUUGAUGGAGGUGAUAAUGUUGUGUCCCGAGACUGGAAGAAAGUGGCACGCCAUAAAAGAAGUACCAUUGGUCGGAGUGUCAUCCACGUCAACAUCAGUGGCUUUGGGGAAAACUUCAACCUGGAACUGUGGGAAAAUAAGAAGCUUCUUGCACCAGGAUUUAAAGUUUACCAUCGGAAAAACGUGUCUAAUGACACUAUAGACGAAGAGCAGACGUCAGCGGAAGAGCUUGAGAAUGAUCUGGCGUGUUUAUAUACAGGGAAUGUUCGUAACCACAACAACAACCCUGUGGCAGUCAAUGUCUGUGAUGGAAUGAAAGGAAUUAUACGUACAGCUGAGGAAGACUAUAUUAUCGAACCUAUCGAGCAUCACAUUGUUCUUGACCUUGACCUUGACAAUACAAUUGGCAAGCCACACAAGCUGUACCGAAGGUCGACAUUAACAAGGCAUCAACAGAUGUUUGAAUCCCAGAAAUACUCUGCAUUUACCCAAGCAUUCCAGGAUGACAUUUAUGGACGAUGGCGCCGUGCCAGUAGGAAGCAAUGGCCACAAACCCAAGCAGUCAUGGAAAGAACAGUGGAGAUGUUGGUUGUUGUGGAUAAAACAAUGUUCCAUAACCAUGGUGACAAGAAUAUAACAACGUACACACUCACCCUGUUUAAUAUGGUAUCCAAGCUGUUUGAGGACCAGAGCUUGGGGAGCACCAUCAACAUUGUCCUGGUUGGUCUCAUUCUACUGGAGGGAGAUGAGCCAGGUCUGGUUGUGAGCCACCAUGCAGAUCGAACACUCAACAGCUUCUGUACCUGGCAGUCCGUCCUCGUUGGCGCCAACGGUCGGCAGCAUGACCAUGCUAUACUCCUCACCGGAAUGGAUCUCUGCUCCUAUAAGAAUGCACCCUGUGAUACACUUGGUUUUGCUCCCAUAGAGGGCAUGUGUAACCGAAUCCGAAGCUGCACCAUCAAUGAGGACACAGGACUGGCCACCGCGCUCACCAUUGCGCACGAGAUGGGACAUAACUUUGGGAUGUACCAUGAUGGCGAGGGGAACUACUGCACACACAGUGCUGGGUCUAUCAUGGCUCCUACCCUCAUGGGGAAAGAUGGUCUCUUCCAGUGGUCAGUGUGCAGCAGAGACUACCUCACAAAGUUCCUCAACACCCCUCAAGCUGACUGCCUGGAGGACAAACCCAAGCAUGUGGCCGAGCUGAAGUUCCCCACUAAGCUGCCUGGUGAGCUGUACAAUGCUGAUGUCCAGUGCAAGUGGCAGUUCGGCAGCAAGGCCAAGCUUUGUACAUAUGACUUUGGGAAGGACACAUGUAAGGCAUUGUGGUGUUACCGGGGCAACAAGCGAUGUGAGACCAAGUUCCUGCCAGCAGCAGAAGGAACCUCUUGUGGUGCGGGUAUGUGGUGUCGCCAAGGUAAAUGUGUGAAAUAUGGCCGCCAUGGACCAAAGCCAGUGAACGGAGGCUGGUCCGUGUGGACUAAGUGGACCGAGUGUUCACGGACCUGCGGCAAGGGAGUCAAGUCACGGAGCAGGGAGUGUAUCAAUCCGCUACCCCAGUAUGGAGGGAAGCCAUGCCAUGGAUUCACACAGGAGACCAUCAUCUGUAAUGCAAAGACCUGCCCCUAUGGUGAUGAGGACUUCCAUGAUGUCCAGUGCUCCACAUACAAUGAGAAGCCAUUCAAGGGCUGGUACCUGCAGUGGAAGCCGUACAAGAAGCUGUAUAAUGCACAGGACCCAUGUAAGCUGUAUUGUGUGGCCGAGACACUCAACUUUGUGUUCACAGUAAAGCAUCUUGCAAUUGAUGGUACCUCUUGUAACAAUGACAACAUCUGUGUGACAGGCGCUUGCAAGAGAGUUGGGUGUGACCUGGUCAUCGGCUCGGCUGCCCGGAAUGACAUCUGUGGUGUGUGUGAGGGAGAUAACUCCACCUGUAAACUGAUCCAAGGACAAUACACACAGCAGCCCCGGUUAAACACUUAUUUCCCCAUUGCUGUGUUACCAAAGUCUGCAAGGCAUAUUCGCAUACGAGAGAAGAAGAUCUCUUCCAACUUCCUGGCAAUGCGGAACAUCUAUGGCAGCUACUACCUGAAUGGCAACAGAGUCGUGGCUUGGCCUGGGAUCUACAAACUUGGAGGUGCAGACUUCACCUACAAGCGUCCAUACAGCAACCCUGAAACACUCGAGUCAGAUGGGCCUCUUGGGGAGGAUCUUGUCCUGGAGAUGUUGGUGCAAGACCGCAACCCUGGUAUUGUGUAUGAAUACACCAUUCCAAAAACUCCAGCAGAGUUGAGACUGACCCCAGCAACAACAACCUCCACCACCACAACCACCACUACUACCACCACCACCAUGCCACCGCAGCCCAUUCGUCCUAAAGUGUUGUACACCUGGAGCGUGUCGGUGUCGUCCUGCACAGAGCCAUGUGCUGGAGGGAAGAAGAAUGUUACUGCUUCUUGUCGGCGCGAUCUCCAGGUGGAAGUUGACAACAAGUAUUGUGACGUUCGCCGCAAACCCAAGACUGGCCUCUUCCCAUGCAAUGCCCAGCCCUGUUCUCCCAGGUGGUCUGCUGAGGCGUGGCAUACUUGCACCAAGCCGUGUGGAAGUGGGAAACAGAUACGGAAAAUAACAUGUCGCCAGAAACUGUCAUCUCAAAAGGAACGGCGCCUCAAGCGGAGAUUCUGUAAACAUCUUCCCAAACCCGCUAGAAAGAGACGUUGUAAUGUUCAGCAAUGUCCGUCCAAGUGGCAUGUUGGCAAGUGGGGCAAGUGUUCUGCAACUUGUGGUAAGGGCAUGCAGCAUCGACGUAUAAUGUGUCGUCGUCGUGAGCGGCGAGGGUUUCGUGUACUGUCUGAGGACGAGUGUUCUGGGAUGAAGAAACCUAAUGUGUCCCGCAUGUGUAAAAUGCCACUCUGCAAAGAGAAAUAUGAAUGGCUGUUGUCACCAUGGGGACCUUGUUCACGAACGUGCGGUCAAGGGAGGCGGUCGAGAUACCUCAAGUGUAAUCAAGUCGAUGCACAUGGCAAGCAUGCGCCCGCCACCGAUAGUCAGUGUAAACACAAUCGCAAACCUAACGUGGCAAUGGAGGAGACAUGUUGGCUCGUUGAGUGCCCACAGGCGCUACGUGCGUGGCAGCGGCCAUAUUGGCAUGCUUUGCACUGGUCCAAGUGUUCUGCCACAUGUGGGCGUGGCAUUCAGGUACGGAGCAUCAAGUGCAUUGACAGCCACAGAAGACCACACCCAUUUGCAUGCAAGUCACAUCACAAGCCCCACACAUCCAGACCAUGCAACGCUGGAAUAUGUCCGUCCAAAGAUCAACCGUGUGAGGACACAGUGAGCUGGUGCCCGCUGGUCCGACAACACAAGGCAUGUGACCGGCGCUACUAUCGCAAGAGCUGCUGCAAGACAUGUCAGGGGACAUGAGACGUGAGCAGCGUCACCUACUGGACCAGCCUCACACCAGACUGAAACCUCCGAUCUCGUGCAUGCAUGGUUGUGAUUUGUUCUCAUUGUCAUGUAUUUAUUCACCAUGUCAACUGACAUGUGGUUGAAUGUAUGCAAGUUUUAAAUGACAGCUGUGAUGUGUCAAGAAAUAUUCACAACAGAAGGCUGUCAACAUUAGACAUUGCCGUUUUGGAAAAAUAAGUGCUGACAGUUGCAAUGUCAGUGUCUGAACUAUUGACAGUCUGUUGAUGAGAGUAUACAUUGCUUUCUAAACACAAACAGAAGUUUUAUUUUUUAUCAUCGUCUCUCAACCAGUGGAAAUAUGACCACACGAUGAUUGGCAAGGAAAUGUUACUCCACUUUGUUUCAAUAACAUGCCUGCAUCAUCAGCAUUUCCUUGUGUUUUGGGGACAGCUGUUUGAUAUUGGUAUCAUAUUACUAGUUUAUAUGUGGAUGUGGAUGUUUAAAUGAUAAUUUGGCUCGAAUCUUAUGUUGUCCAUAGCAACAUUAUUGUCGUUUAACAAAUGUUAUUUAUCAUUUUUCUUUUAAAUUGUGUAUUAUCCAAGUUCAUGCAAGGUUUAAGUUCUGACCAAAAAUCAGGUCAUCAAUAUUAGCUGCAUGUGAAGGUAAUCCUUUUUUUCUGUGACCAAAAUAAAUAUUAAACUUUUUGUCUAAUUCAGAACUAAAGUAUGAAUCUAUCUUUUUGGAAUCUAACUCUCAUUUCUUCGUUUCAAUGUUAUAGAAAUGAAACUCAGACGUGCUCCAUAAGAUAAACAGUGCAAUGUUUCAAGCAUUAUUUAAAUUCCUCUCUCCAUCCAUACACAUUAUUAAUGUAUAUGAUAAACUCAGUUUUUCAUCCCUUUUGCGGUGUUCUCCAGGUCACAAGGUUGUCAGUGUUAUCAAAGAGAGAGAGAGACAAUCUCUUAACAUCAGAAUCAUUUAUUUUGACGACCAUGAACAUGUCAGAGGUCAAAUUGUGUUCCUGAAAAGGCACAGUUCUUGGACUGCAAAAAAUAUCACAAAUUUGACCUUUGAUUUCACCAGUUACCUCCCUUCAUGUUAUACACUAUAUAUUCCAUCCAUUUUUGUAAAGCAUAUUCAAAGGACUCAAUACUGCAUAAAUGUAGUCAAAGUUAGAAAUAGGAUAUACUUUGAAACUGCCAAACUCUGUUGUCAUAAAUAAUGAACUACAUGUACUAUCAGUGAACUAGUCAGUUGUCAUCAACCAAAAUGUCAAGGCCAUCCCAAGAGUUAAAGACAUUAUCCCUCAGUUAUGUCCUCUGUGGGAUAUAUUAUAUAUUCACCAGUCCAGUUGUUUAUGAAUGAUGUUAAAGGUACACCACAGAAGACCCCAAUUCUUGAACAAUUAUCUAUUUUGUGGACAGUAUAUUUACAAAUAUUCCCAUAAAAUUAAGGGUUUGACAUAUUGCAGCCUGUAAAGGUAUAGAAUAUCUAUAUCACGUUUCAUAUUUGAUGUCCAUAUAUGAGUGCAUAUACGUCUGCAUAAAUUCAGUAUUGGUGUGUCCUUGAGUGUGUAUAAAAUAUUCUUCAGUUGAGUGUGCGAGCGAGUGUUAUUGUUCUACAUGUUCUUAUUAGAAGUUAAUACCCAGCUAGUUUCCCCUCAUUUGAUAUAUCUAACAGUCAGCAAAGCUGAAGGGGUUGCUGUCCUAUAGGGUCAAUUACCCUGUCCAAAAUUAUCAUACAGAAACGUACCCUUGCUGGUUACUGAGAAAUCAGUUUUGAUUUCAUAUUUAACAUAAGGUAUGGCAUGCUGGAAACCGUGGUUAUUGAACGUUAAUAAUAGAAAAGAAAAGGAGUAUUGCAUGCUGUGGGAUUAGAUUGUUAGAAAGUGAUGAGGUGAAAUUGGGUUAAACAUCGCGUCCAAGAUUAUUGCACUUAUAUAGAGAUGUGUUUGUGUGGCUGCUUGUACUCUUCCGGACUAUGCCGAUUUAUAGUGCUAG